GCUCGCACAAAACGUCAGCUGUCUUUCUCGCAUCCAAGUUCCGCCUCCCUACACUUGGGGACGACGGCAUACGCUUUCACAGGCCCACCACCCAUGCACUUGCCUCUACGAUGGUGCCUGACCGAGGACCUACAGCUUUGACAGCGCAAACGUAUAGCAUUGAACUUCUUUUUGCGACUUCUUUGGUUCUGCUAUUCGCCGAUGCGUCAAUUGCCGCAGCUCGCCAUUGCUCGUUUGAAGAUGGGAUAUGUCCCGAUUGGGUAUCUACAAAUUGCAGCAAACACGCUUGCUUUCAGGCACGCAGGGUUGCCGAGAUGAGGCACGGACCUACCCAAGACCACACACUCAAUACAGGGGACGGCUGGUGCGCUUAUGCGACGACAGAGCAACCAGCAGGCGGCCUCUCAGUUGCCCAACUUUCGAGCCUCGCGGAAGGACCUUUUUGCUUCACUGGGUGGUACCACCAGUCCGGCACGCAGGACGACCAGGUGAAGUUCUACGCUGGCCGUGCGCCUGGCAUGAGCAAGUUGUUCUACGCCACCCAGCGAGACAUGGCCGGCAGGUGGCAGCGGGUGCGGUACUCUGAGAAGCGCACUGGACAAAUUGAGAUAAUGAUUCGCCUGCACGUCCAACGUUCCCCCGAGAGAGGCGUCUUCGCGUUGGACGACUUAAAUGUGGAAAGCCAGGAAUGUGCACCUGAGCGCCCGAGCGGUUCCUGCGACUUCGACUGGGAUGAAACGUGUGGAUAUAGCCUGGGAAACGGCAGCGAAACAUGGCAGUAUGCAGGCGUGCAUCGACAGCCCUUUCACGGUGUAGACUAUUCAACAAACACAGACAGCGGUGGCCUGGUAUAUAUACACGCGAAGAGUAACUACACACGGGCUGUGCUGACGUCACCAACAAUCCCUGGCCAGGAGAGUCCACACUGCCUUCAGUUCUACUAUUACAUUGACCAUAACAGUCAACCCCAGCAGUACCUCCUUAGUGCGACAGUGGAAGGCGCAAGUAGUCGGAAUGUCUGGAUGAGAUCUUCGAGCGAGCUAAGCAGAGGAUCUUGGACCGCAGCACACGUGACAUUUCAGGAGGAACAAAGCUUUAAGAUCAAGUUCAACUGCACCAUCAGAGGAAAGAAGUUCCCCCACUCCCUCUGUGCCAUCGAUGCUAUUUCGGUUCGAGGCUGCAAUAGUAACAGAGCCACGGAGAACUUGUGUGACUUUGAAAACGGCUGGUGCACUUGGAGCAACCGCGCGGCUUAUCUCAACAAUUCACCGUGGAUACUCGGCGGCGGGACAACGAAGACAACACUGCCGAGACCACCCCAAGACCACACCUUCGGGAAUGCCACAGGAUCCUAUUUGUUCUUCAGCAACUUCGAGCAGAACAAAGGCAAUAAAGCGGAACUCAUCAGCGAGAUCCUCACCUGGAGCCGCAAGAUAACGCAAUGCGCACAGUUUUGGUACAUCAUCUCUGAAGAUCCGGAGAUGAACCUUGAGGUGCAAGCUAGAGACACGUCCGGCGAUUCUGAAAAGGGCGUUCCCCUGUGGGCACAGAAAGGCGGAAGGUCACUGGCAUGGCAGCAAGGUCGCAUCGCUGUGCCCCAUAACCGAAGGGUCCUCUUUGUGGGUACUGCCAGCGCGGCCUCGAAGCCAGGCUACAUCGCGCUCGACGAUAUUUCUAUCGUGCGCCAUGACCGCUGUGAAACGCUACCCCAAGAUGGUGAAGCCUUGCCUGCAACGGACCUGCUGAGCUGCUCUUUGGCGGGAUGGAACUUCUGCCAUUGGUCUUCGACAGCUGCCUUGUUGAAAACAUGGCAUUUCGGGCUCCACCCUUAUUCCAGCCUGGCGCCUACGUCAGCUCCGGAAAAUCCUAAAGGCAACAUCGCAUACCUGGAAGGAACAAAUUUGAACAGCAACCAGGGAUCAGUGGAGCUUUACUCCACUGUGGUGGGACCCCAGUCGGAAGUAGCGUGUUUCUCGGUCUGGUACCACAUGUUCGGUGGACGGGGCGCCGCGCUGAGGCUGAAGGUCGUCAAGUCGCCGGCCUCGAGCGGGGUGCGCACCACUUCGCCGCUGUUGUUCCAGCGGGGCCGCACCACAGCAGAUAUUUGGUACAACGUGCGCAGGACGGUGAGCCUCGACAGCAUCCACAACAAGCUUGUCUUCGUCGUAUCGAGCGAAAAGUCAAUGAACAGAGAAAAUGGGCUGGCUCUGGGACCUAUGAAUUUUACCUCUGGAAAAUGCGACGUGCUUACGGACGGGCGGGGCUACUGCGAUUUUGAGUUUGACACUUGUGACUGGGUGGGGGACAGUGGAUGGUGGCGGCAACAAAAAUCAAGCGCAUAUAUUGCAUUGGACCCGAUUUCGGGACCUGUCAACUCCGUCUUCGUCCUCACUGCGACGAAGCGCAUGGCGUCGCCCGCUGGCGCCACUGUCACCAGUCCAGAAUGGCCAGGACAGAAGGAGCCUCAGUGCAUCGAGUUUUGGUAUUUGCCGGCCGGAAAGAACGCCGCUCGCUUACAGGUCAAAGUAGUGGUCAACGGGAAGAGUGAAGUUGUUUGGCAGCAGCCCCCCUACACGAGAAGCGAGUGGAUGCUAGCGCGGUCACAAAUCCUACAGGAAAAGAAAUUCAAGGUGGCAUUCCAUGCGAAAUUCUCGGAAAGCCAAACGGACCCGAUCAGUCUGGACAACAUCGUUCUGCGGCCAGAGCCAUGCGUCCAUCCUGUCCAGUGCGACUUCUUCGAUGGCCUCUGCGGUUACAUCAACAAAUUCCAAGGAGACUUUCGCUGGCUUGUAGGAACGGGUCGGUAUGAGGCUCCUCGCAUGCAGCCCGCCGUGCCACGAGAAGCAGAUUCCCCUCCAUUCGCUUACCUGGACCUGACCACGGGCACAUCGGACGUUACCGGAGAAGUCGCAGACAGCACCUCAGCGACCACCAAGGCUGCAGGGCUUCUCAGCCCUUUAUUCGACGCCCCUGACGAUGGAACUCAGCUGUCUGUCCAGUACUACAGAAAUGGGCCGGACAUAACAGCGGCCAAUCUCUCCAUCUCCUGCUAUGGAAACGUGUACGACCCGGUGAAUAUCACGGCCCAGUCCUACGUCGAACUGGUCCAAGUGUCUCAAUGGACUACUCUGAACGUGACACUCAAACGGGGCACCCACUGCCAACUCUCAGUGUGGGUGACUCGCGGUGACGGUACCAACGGUACCAUGGCGAUUGCAUCCGUGCAAGCCACGCGCACAGAGCCAGCUGCUACACCGAAAGGGAACUCUGAUACUCCAUAUCGGUGCACAUUCGAAAGUGGAACUAUGUGUGGGUGGAGUCCGGGAAACUUCUCCCUUAAAUGGGCUUUAAACGAUCCAAGCAAGAAGAGUCCCGACUUUCCGCGGUUUGACCACACCCUCAAGGCAUAUAGAGGACGCUUUGCAUUUGCCACAAACAACGAGGACCAGGAACCGCAGCAUGCGAUUCUCAUCAGUCCCGAUUUGGAUGUCAAUGCAACUGGUGGAGCAUGCCUCAGCUUGUGGGUGUUUACCGUCCAUGCACAACACGUAAAUCUCUACAUACGGUGUGGAGGCGAUCAGCGGUUUGGAACAAUCACUCGCGCCAGCCACAGAUGGGAUCACGUAAUCGUCGACUUCGAGAAGCCCGAGAGUAAAUUCAAGCUGUGGAUAUCAUUUUACAUGGAGCCCGGCCUAGUUGCUCUCGAUGAUAUACAAGUAGAUUCGGGACCAUGCCCGCCAAGAGAUUUUUGCUCCUGGGAAGUGGGAUUUCCGUGCCCGAUGAAACAAGCUCCUAACAGCUUCGACGCCUGGAAAAUUCGGCGCGCCGCGGAUAUUCGAUUUGUAGACCAUACCAAGAAGAAUUUGACAGGUCGAUACUUGUACCUAAACACAACUGCAGUGGUCUCGCACCACCCUGUGUCCCACGUGUUCAUGCAGAGACGUCCACCCACAGCGGCUACUUGCGUCACCUUCUGGUGGAGUGGCCACGGCGCCCCUGGCCGGCUGAAUGUGUAUAGAUUCACGACGGAGACAGCGCUAAGAGAUCCGCUGGUUUCAGUGUACUCCCACUCGCAAGACGGCGAGUGGCUAGCACGCACCGUGACCAUCACCUCAAGCAGAGAAUGGAACCUUGUCUUUGAAGGUGUGGCCGUUGCAGCAACAAAAACAGGGUCCGGGAUUAUGGUUGACGACGUUGAGUUUACCGACGGGGAAUGUCCACCGUAUGAAUUAUGCUCAUUCGAGGAAGAGUGUCUGCCAUGGAGGAUUCCGAGAAAGGAGACGGCGUUCGAAGUGGAGCGAGCGGGAUCCUUUGAUAAGCUGCCCCAAGACCACACGACGCAUACCGAAGAUGGUCACUACCUUCUCUUCAAAAGCCCUGGCACCAAGGGAAACAGGACAUCUCUAAUAUUGCGGGAACCGAUGCGAUAUCAGUGCAUCACCUUCUGGUACUACCUACCAGAUCUCUCCGAUGGCGUUGUGCUGUACGUGCAAGACAAACCAAUAUUGAAGGGAAACGGUGUGUGGAAAAGAUACCAAGAGGAGCACCAGAUGUUCUGGGAGGAUCCUAUUGUCGCAGUUUCGGGGCUCAGUCCAAAAGGUUUCAUUGCGAUCGACGACGUAUUUCUCAGCAAGUUGGCCUGCGAUGAGACGACGUCAUCAACAGAGAGGUUUGACUGCGGCAACCAGACUGUAACCAUUGAGCGGGUGUGCGACUUUGUGAUCGACUGCGACAACGGCGACGACGAGCGAGACUGCGGCGAGUGCGAUUUCAGCGAAAGCUUGUGUGGUUGGCACACCAAUGACAAACUGAAUCAUGGCGCUAUGUCGUGGCGGCGCUCUGCCGUAGGAAGCGUCGAAAACUCUCCUCCAAUAGGGGCGGACGGCCGACGACAUGGGUACUACCUCCUCCUUUAUUCCAACCGCACUAGGGCCGUGGGCACAACUGGACACUCAAGAAUUUUUUCUCCGGCAAUCAGGAAUACCAACAAAUUGUGUACUCUCAACUUUUGGUACAACUACUUUUUCAAUGGCAGCAAAUUGGCCCUCGACCUGUACAUGGACCUCGGUGGUGAAAUUUUUCCAGUGUGGACACUUGAUGCAUUGACCGAAAUCCCCGAAGAAGGAACGUGGAAUGAAGCAGUUGUGGAAAUCGGGCGCUACCCGUCAGAAGUCAGCUUCUUUUUCGCCAGCAGUCAUCGUUCGCAAUCAUCAUCUGUGUUCGCCGUAGACCACAUAACGUUCAGUGACUGCGCUUUGCCAGCAAAAGAAGGCAACUGCUCUGAUGUGGAUUUCUCCUGUACAAACGGAGCCUGUGUAAUGAAGUACGAGCAGUGCAACUAUGUGGACGACUGUGGUGACAGCAGCGAUGAACAAAACUGUGGCGACCACAGACUGAGCUGCAGUUUCGAAUCCUCCUUUUGCGACUGGGUGCCGCAAGCCCCACCUGAUGGAACCAAGAGUACUUGGCGAUUGACUCGUCCGUCAUCGUCUCUACUAGAGUCGCCAACACGAGAUCACACGACAAGCUCUCCUGAAGGACAUUUUAUCAUGUUCGAGUCUCCUUCGAAAGCAGAGAAUGCAACCAUCAUAGGUCCAACUCUCGACAACUCCUCGUAUUGUGCCGUGACGUUUUUCUAUGCGAUGCAAGGAAGAAGCAGGCCGCGGCUUUCGCUUGGCAUCCGCUCAACUAAAGAUGGACCAUGGAUGACAGUUUGGAAGCAGUCCAGGACAAGCAAAUUCUUUCACUUUGUGGGCGUCAGCGCCGUAUUCAAGAGUGGCGCUCCUUAUCAGGUGGCUUUCAUAGGAGAACACACAACACCUGAAAAGCAUGGCUACAUUGCUAUUGACGACGUCCAUUUCUGGGAGAGCUGUACAGCAAUGCAAGAAGAACUGCCAGCAGCACCUGUGCCAACCAUGCCUCCUUUUGUAUGCGGAGUAAAUGAGUUCCAAUGCGGUGGUCUCAACGAAUGCAUUCAGAACUCCCAGGUGUGCGAUUUCAAGACGGACUGCUCCAAUGGAGCUGACGAAUCUCGAUGCGGGUUCUGUGAUUUCACCACGGACUUGUGCGGCCUUGAGAAUAAGGACUCGAGCGCGCGAUACGGCUGGAACUGGACCGCUGUGCAAGACGGAAAGAAGAAUAAGGGCUUCCCGACCACGGACAGCCACUUAAGCGACCAAGGAGCCUACGCUGCGUAUUCCCUGCUUAAUCGAGAGGCCCCAGAAGGCACCAUGACGGCUUUGAUUACACCAAAGAUGGGUGAAAUUGCGCACUCCUGCGUGAUAAGUUUUUAUGCCUACGUUCCCGCCAAACGGAGUGCGCAACUGACUUUCGGACUUCAACAUCGUCCGGUCGACCGGACCAGACGUCGCGCUUUCAGAGCUCUUGCAACUGUCGCUGCAGCGGAAGCCUCCGGAAAAUGGGUCAAGGUUUCAGUAAAAACUGGAAAAUGGAAAAGUGGAGUUCAGUUCGUGUACAUGGCAAACACUGCUGGCGUGAGCAUAGACCGGCCCGAGUACAACAUGUGUCACCCAGAUACUCAAAGUGAAGGAUGGGAAGCGGCUCGUCAAGUAAGCUGCGACUUUUCCGACUACUCGGAAUGCGGCUGGUUCCCAGAGAAUCUGGAGGAUGACACGAAGUGGCUUCCCCAUACCGGAGCUUCUAAGCUUCUCGGGCUCCCAUGGCGGCCCGUCGAUAGUGCCUCCCACAAAGGAGCCUACAUCUAUGCCAUCAACACCGCGCCGAGGAUUAGUACUGCCCGUCUCGUUUCCGUCCGUAUGAGUCCAGCUCCAGACACUGGCCGUUGCUUCACAUUUUGGUACAACAUGUGGCACCCGAAUGUCGGCACGCUCAAACUUUUGCGACGCGUGGUUAACUCGUCUGAUGAUCUGCUGUGGAAGCGCCAAGGGCCGCAGGGCAAGGAGUGGAAGCGAGGUCGGGUACAGCUGUACUCCGAAGAUCCUCAUCAGCUUGUGUUUGAAGCUCUGCUCAACGCCAGCACUCCCGGUGUGAUCGCCAUAGACGAUUUCGUCCUCAACGACAGCCGCUGUGACAACGAAAAACACGGAGUAUGCGACUUUGAGUACGACACAUGCGGAUGGCAGUUGCACAACUGGGAACGCACGACGUCGACAAUCGUCGGACUGCCCGCUGCUGAUUACACCACUCGGUCACCUUCAGGAAAUUUCGCCUUGGCAAAAGCACCUGGUGGCCGCAUGGUUAGCCCUAAAGGCUGGUACGACGCGACUCAGCACAAGUGUUUGCGGUUCUGGUUCUUCAUGUCGGGAAGUUCAACGGAAACUCUGAACGUCACCAGAGUUUGGCAUGAAAAUCAGCAGGAGUCUCUUUGGUUCGGCACCACAUUUGACGCGCCAACGCAGCAAUGGUUCUCGGCCUCUGUCAACCUACCUACUUCCAAAGAAGAACUCACGAUAGUUUACGACGCAGUGACUUCUGGUGAUCUUGGCAGCGCAGUAGCCGUGGACGAUAUCAGCCUGGGUAAUCUGCCUUGUCCUCCUCCUGGAAGCUGCUCUUUCGAAGAGGACAUGUGUAAUUGGUUCAAUGCCAGGAGCUUUAAUAACGCACGAUGGUACCGCCACCGAGGUUCUACCGUUUCCAAUUUGACUGGCGUAGAGAAGGAUCACACUCUAGGCACGAAAGAAGGAUACUACCUCCUCCUCGAUGCAGAAGAUAUGGCUCCAAGAUCACUUGGCAGUGUGCAGAGUCAGGCUCUCGCCUUAGGCCCUGCUGUGUGUUUAAGGCUCUACUAUAUAAUGAAGCAGAACUCGGGAGCGUCAUUGAGUGUGGGAUUUCUGGACGAGCGCCGCCACUUGGUCGGGCAAGCAACAACGGUGCAGGCCACUGCGCCAAGCCAAUGGACUUCACUCUUCGUAGAACGAGCGGACCUACCCACCGUGUUCACGGUUGUUAUUACCGGCCGUACCGAAAGUGGUAGCAGUGACGUCGCCAUCGAUGAUAUCGACGUGCGUCGUGGCAAUUGUGAAGGGACGCUACUUACAUCAAAAGCUCCGGUAUCUGCAACCGCAGCUUCAGACAGUGCUACCACGGCACCAGUUACAAAGCAGGUGUCCUCAGCACAAACAGUCACCACAGAACCACCUCCUGCUCCCACAAAAGAGGUUACUCGGGCACCAUCGACGAGUCAAGCUCCGGCUACCCCGCAACCGCCACUUACUAUGGAGUGCAAACGUGGCCAUUUCAACUGCCAUGACGGAGAGACUUGCAUUCCAGGGUCACUGCUCUGCGACGGCGUUAAGGACUGUCCCAACGGACUUGACGAGAAAUGCGGUAGCAGUGCACUAUGCAGAGAAAAUGAAUUUUUCUGCGUCACUCGAUCACCUAGCACUUGCCUUCCACGUUCCAUACUUUGCAAUGGUCUGGAAGACUGCGCCGGAGGCUCAGAUGAAGGUUUGUGCGGAGAGUGCCCGCCAUAUUUCUGCCUGAAUGGUGGCACAUGCCAAUGGACGUCGUCCGCACGAAACCCCACUUGCAACUGCCGUCGUGGCUACGACGGCCAUCGCUGUCAGUUAAUAGCCAACAAUGUUGCAGAGGAGAACAAGGUCACAGAAAAAGCAACUGGAUCUGCUGGCGCCUAUGCUACUGGAGUCACAGUUGUCAUUGCUAUCAUUGUAACAGUCGUAGCAGUCACAGUCGUCCUGUUGAGAAGGCGGCGCCUCACGACGAACACCCCAGUCUACGACAAUCCAUCAUACGAUGCUUCGACUGAUGAAACAAAACUCUUCAACGAAGAGGCCACAUGACUGCGCCAGCGUCUGGGCGAAAGGGACGCAGCUUACUUUUAUGCAGCAUAAACGCGGCUAGCGGAUACUUAUUAUUUGCCUUAUUUAUACUAUGUUUUACCAGAUUUAUUCGUUAUCGCAAGAAAUAAAGGAUAUGGCAAAAUGCG